AUGUCCUACCUCGAGGUGCUCGAAGAAGAAGCUCGGAGCCAGAGGCUCCGGCUUCACAUCGAGCACCAGCUCCUGCGGCAAGAGGAGAACCGGCAACUGCUCUUCGAGAGUAGAUGCGGGAUCUGCCUCUGUGACUUCUCCGAGGUGGAAGAGACGGCGACCAUCUGCCAGCUUGGCUGUCACCACACCCACGCUUUCUGUGCGGGCUGCUUGCGGAGCGCCUUUGGAGCUCGGUCAAACCAGCAGGCCCCACCGGACUGCCCGCUGUGUAAAGCACAGGUCUCGGAGGCCGACCAGGCCUUCGUCGAGGCGGCGGCCGGCCGCUCGGCGGCGUGCCAUGCGGCCAAAACGCGGGCAGACGCGGACGCCACGCGCCAGGCCGCAUGGGACGCCCUCCCGCCGGCGGCGGAGAAGGUGAGCCUCCCUGAUGCGAGGGCGCCACCGGCGGUGCCGCCGGGAGGCGAGUGGGAGUGCAUUGACGCGCACAGCGCCUUCCAGUGCGCCGUCUCCCCGUGCAGUCACGUUCUCGAGGUACCGGAUUCGCUGCGAGGCGAGUGGGCGAGAGCCAAUGUCGACGUCUUCGACUUCAUUCAGGCUGCCAAGAGCUCGGGCGAUGAGCUGGCGCUCGAGCGCGGGCUCAAGUGGCAACUAUGUCUGCAUGACGUGCUCCUGCGAGGGCCGGCGCGCACCUCUCGGGGCGGCGGUCGCUCCAUCGACGUGUCGACGUCUCUCGCCCUGCGCUUCCAGCGGUGGCGCAACGGCGAGCGGGCCGCCCUCCUCUGCGCCUGGGAGGCCGAUCGCACCAGAGCGUGGUCGGCUCGGCGUCGGAGCGCGCAUCGCCGCGAGAGCUUCGAGGAGCGGACGGAGCGAGAGCGCUCGGCAGCGGUGUCCGCGGCGCUCGCGCUCUUCGCGGACGGCGAGAUCUCUCGCGCGAUGCGGAUGCUUCACUCGCUGGGCAUUGCCGACCUCUCGGCCUCCGUGCUCCUGCAGCUGCGCAGGAAGCACCCGGAGCGCGAUCGCCCCGUCCCGCACGACCUGCCCGUGCAGGUCCCGGCGGUGCGGGUGAGCCUCACCGAGACGUUCCGCAAGCUGCGGCGGCGCGCGGGCACCGGGCCUUCGGGCAACCGCAACGAGUACCUCAGGGUGCUCACCCACUCCUUCGACGACGCCAAGGCCGACAGCGUCAUGCAGAAGUACGAUGCCUUCGCCUCGGAGCUCGCCAGCGGGGACUUGCCGACCUGGUUCUACGGCGCCGCCUCGAUCGCCUCGUUGAUGCCUCUCGUCAAGAAGGCGGUCACGCAGGCCGACGUGGAGGCCAUGCGACAGCCUGACGUGCGGCCAGUGGUGGUGGGCGAGGUCACCCUGCGGUCCAUCCUCACCUCGGUGACUGCCAGCGUGGCCCCGGCGAUGGCGGACGUGCUCGCGCCACAGCAGGUGGCGGUAGGAGUCUCGGGCGGAAUCUCGAUCAUGAUCAACGGGAUCCGCAUCUUGCUCGAGCAGCGAGGCGACUUUGUGCUCGUCAAGAUCGACCUCAAAAACGCGUACAACGAGAUCGAUCGGUCGGCGCUUCUCCGCCGCUGCUCGGAGGUGCCGGAGCUGGCGCCGUUCAUGCCGCUUCUUCACGCGACGCUCAUGUCCGCGACGAGCCUGCUCGUCGGGCCCCAGCGGACGCGGCUCUUUGAGCAGCACCACCUCGAGGGGCAGACGUGCCGCGCUGAGACGUCGCGUGGCGGCGACUCGGCGACCGGCACGCAGCAGGGCGGGCCUCCAUCGAGCGGCGCCUUCUGCAUCGCCAUCCAGCCGGAGCUGGCUGCCCUCGACGCCGAGCUGAGGCCGUUCGGUGGCGGGGCUUGGGCGGAGAUGGACGACAUCUUCGCGCUAGGACCGGCGGCCGCCGUGUUCCCGGCGGUCAAGCGCUUUGGCGAGGCGGUCAAGGCGUCGCUCAACCUCGAGAUGCAGGUCUCGAAGCUCGAGUGCUUCUCUCCCGAGUACAACCUCUCGCACUGCCCGUGGCGGGAGGCGUUGGGCGCGCCAGUCGGCAUGGUGCUGGUGCCGGAGGAGGAUGGCGGGUCGCGGACGUACCGAGGCGUGAUGGUCGCGGGCUGCCCAAUGGGGGAGGCAGGGUUUGUGGAUGCGUGGUUACGCGCCCAGGUGAGCAGUAUCGUGAGCUACAUCGACAAGACAGUUCUUUCGCUACGUGCUGCGAGCCCCCACGCGCUGUGGGCCGCCAUCUACUACUCCUGCUCCGCCAAGUUCGACUUCAUCCUUCGGCACCUCCCUCCCGACAAGACGGUGUCCCACGCUCGCGUCGUCGACGCUGCGCUCACCCGUGCCGCUGAGGCGUGCGGCUACGAGGGCGUGCUCGGCGACGCCAUCACCGCGCGGCGGGCUCGCCUGCCUGCGCGGAUGCGCGGCCUCGGCCUGCGCUCGCUCGAGGAGGUGGCGCCAGCUGCGUUCUGCGCCUGCUUUGUCGAGGCGGCCGAGAGGUUCCUCGACAGGUCGACGCCCGGCGGCGGCAGAGAGCGCGGCUUCUUCCAGAUGCUCGCUCCGCUCUUCGGCCACGGCGCCUUCGAGUUGCCGUACCCGAACAGCCCUCGCCUCUCGCGCUUCCUCUCGGGCUGCACCACCAACGUCAACCCGCUCGGCGCGCAGCUGGGGCAGCUGACGCCGACGGGCGAGUCCUUCAAGAAGGCGUGGGAGGGCAUGCAGCGAGAGGUCCGCGGCGAGGGCGUGGCGGGACCUCUCGAUGUCCGGGCUCCCGAGGCUGGCAACGGGCGGGCCGGCAGCGCUGGGCUACAGCGGCAGCUGACGCAGCAGCGGGAGCAGGUCAAGCGCAACCAGCUCAGCCGCAGCAUCCUCGGGCUGCCGCACGGCGACACGCGGCGGGAGGCGUGGCUGGCCGUCGACUCGUUCUCGUCCGCGUGGGUGAGCUCAUGGCCCUCGGCUCAGAACCGGUGCGAGGCGCGCGAGUUCCGCGAGAUCUUCUGCACCUACCUCGGCCGGGAGAGCCCAGCCGUGCGCGCGCUCGUGGGCAAGAGCAUCGCCUGCUCCGGCCGCGGCCCUCCUCGAGUCUGCGAUGCCUUUGGCGUCCAGCUGGGCUUGGCGACGCUCAACGACCGCGCCCACGGCAACUGCCACGACGACAUCUUCUCACGCGUGAUCGGUGAUGCGCUGCACGCGGGGCUGCGCGGCAAGGAGGAACCGCGCGAGAUCUUCAGCGCCGUCAUCCCGCCUGUCACACUCAACGGCACAGCUGGCACGCGCGGCAAGAACGGCAUCGUGCCGGAUGGGCGCCUGCACUGCAAGCUGCGCGAGUCCCGCACGGCGCGCUGCACGGGCACACGAGGCCAGGCGCAUCCGUCUGUCCGGUGGCGCGGCACGACAGUGCAGCGCGGGCCCGAGCAGCCGCCGGCGGAGCACCUCCUCGAGGGCAAGACCAUCCACCGCGGCGGGCCUCACUACAUGAGCGCUCGGGCGCGCGACGAUGGCCAGGGCGGCGCUGUCGCCGACAGGGCGAACCUUGUCCAGCGCGACUACGAGGCGCGGGCGGCGGCGCUCGAUGCCAAGCCGCACGUGCAGGCAUGGAACAACGGCUCGAGGGACGCCGUUUCCUCCGUGCUGCGCUCGUUUGGCAUCGUGCGCAGCCUCGUUGUCGGGGCCUACGCGGAGGCGUCGGACGACCUGCACCGGCUGUUCGACUGUGUGGUGGAGUCGGCAUCCAAGCAGCACUGGAGGCGGAUCGGCGCGCGUAGCGCGAAGGAGGCGCGGUCCUACUUCGCUACGACGCUGCGGCGGGCGUGGGGCGUGCACUUUGCGCGCGAGUUCGCGCGGCACCGCAUCCGACGCGUGGUGUUCGUGGGGGCCCCGCGGCGACAGCCGGGCAGGCCUCUCGCGACGGCCGAUGGAGACUGGCCAGCGCUGUCGGCGGGCGACGCUGACUUCUGA